AUGUCUUGUGAUAUCGAUGACUCUUUAUACAGCCGUCAAAGAUGUGUUCUGGGGGAAAAUGCAAUGAAAAGAAUGUGUAAAUCUAAAGUGUUUUUACAUGGCUUGGGAGGUGUUGGAAUAGAAAUAGCGAAAAAUCUAGUUCUGGCUGGAGUUGGCGAAAUUAUAAUUCAGGAUCGAUCUUCAUGUUCCAAACAGGAUUUAGGGACUCAAUUUUACGUGGAUGAAUAUAGUGUUAAAGGUUCGAAAACUAGAGCUGAAGCAAGUCUUGAUCGUCUAACGGCUUUAAAUCCCUAUGUUCGUAUUACUUUAGCAACGGGAGAUGUCACGGAUAUUCGUUGCCCUCUUUCUGAACCUGCUAAUAAGAAUAUCCUAAAGCCAUUAGUCGACGAAGGAUCAUCUACGAAAGUCGACUGUUUGAUACUUACGCAAUGUUCACUUCAAAAAGCUACAUUGUUGGAUCUGUUCUGUAGAGCAUAUGAUAUUAAAUUUAUCUAUACAGAUAUAUAUGGUACAUUUGGAAAUUUAUUUUGUGAUUUUGGCUCUGAUUUUACUGUUUUAACACAAGAUGAUGAACCAUGUAGAGAAUUUUUUAUUGGAAAAAUUGAAAAGAUAAACGAUGAUGAAUUAUUGAUCACAGUUCUUGGUGAUCGUCGUCAUCAUUUAGAAAAUAAUGAUGUAAUUCGAUUCACUGAACUUAACAAUUUACCAGUGCUCAAUGAAAGAGAAUUUCCUAUCCGAGUAAAGUCGCCUUCAGAGUUGAUUAUCAAAACGUCUAUAAAAGACAUCCAGUUUCCUUAUUCAGAUGGUGGUAUUGUGCUUCAAGUUAAAAAGCCACAAGUAUACACUUUUGAAACUAUGCUCGAACAACUUAAAUCUCCUAAAUUAAUGUGUGUGGAUUUCAGUGAACCUGAGGAAGGAAACUUGUUACAUUUAACAUACUUAACAUUGAUGAGGUUCAAUGUAGAAACUGGCCGUUAUCCCAAACCGUGGGAUGAAAAUGAUUGGAAUUUAUUUCGUGAUCAAUUGUUCACAUUACAUAAGCUACAAAUGGGAAAUCCAAUUAAAAUUAAUGAAUCGUUAGUAAAACGUUUAGCCUUUGCUAGUCAAGGACAAUUAGCACCAUUAAGUGCUGUUUUUGGUGGAAUAGCUGCACAAGAAGCUAUGAAAGCGAUUACAUUUACAUUUACACCAAUUAAUCAAUGGCUGUACAUCCAUUGUGCAUCGAUUGUACCACUUGAAGUCAGUACGAAAUCAAAUGAAUUUCAGAAUUAUUUGUCAAGUCGUUAUGCCGCUUUAAUUCAAUGUAUCGGUGUGUCAAAUCUUCAAAAAAUUCAUAAUUUAAGUGUUUUUAUGGUUGGUUGUGGUGCGAUUGGUUGUGAAUUAUUAAAGAAUUUAGCAUUAUUAGGUGUAGCCACUGCUGGAUCUAAUGAUGAUGAUUUACAUUCAGCAAACAACGUGACUGAUUCUAAUCAACAUCAAUGUUGUUAUCGUCGUCAUCAAUAUGAACAACAAGAAAACAACAAUCAAUUUACAUAUAAUACAACAUUCGAUGCUUCAUUGAUGUCUCAUGCGAAUGUUGAUGAUAGGGAUCAUCAUCAAACGUUGUCACAUUCAGCGGUAGACGGUCAACAAGAACACGGCAAUUCACCUUAUCCUAAUAAUCAACUCACUAAUAAUUCUGAAACAAUUGUCAAGUCAAUUAUAUCACAUCAAGUUUCUACAUCUCAAAGACAAUCAAUAAAAUCUGUAUUAAGUGAAUCAAUCAUUAAUAAUAGGUGCCCGAAUAUUAUUGUCACUGAUCCUGAUCAUAUUGAGAAGUCAAAUUUAAAUCGACAAUUUCUUUUUCAAUCAUGUCAUAUUGGUUUGUCAAAAAGUCAAAUUGCAUGUGAUACUGCUAAGAGAAUUAAUCCAAAUAUAUCAGUGAGAGCGAUGUGUGAUAAAUUUUGGCCAAAUACUGAAAAGACUAUUUUCACUGAUGAAUUUUUAUUACAAGCAACAAAGUGCAGUAAUUACAAACAAGGGAUAACAUCUCCUUCAAUACUCAAUACUUCAUAUAAACAUGGUAUUGUACUAGCUGCUUUAGAUUGUGUACCAACACGUCGUUAUUUAGAUUCACGUUGUGUAACACUACAUUUACCAUUGAUUGAAUCUGGUACUUUAGGCACUAAAGGUCAUGUUCAAGUAAUUUUACCUGAUAUUACUGAAUCAUAUAAUAGUCAAAUGGAUGAUGAUGUUCAUAAUAACAAUGAUGUAGAUGGUAAUGGAAAUAUUGAUAGUCAAGUGAAUACAAUACCAUAUUGUACAUUGAAAUCAUUUCCGACCUUACCAAUUCAUUGUAUUGAAUGGGCACGUGAAAAAUUUGCUAGUCAAUUCACAUUGAAACCCAUGAAAUUACAAACAUUUCUACAAGCUUGGAAUUUAGAACAAUGUGAAUAUGUGGACAGUUACCAUGGUGAACAAACAUCGAAACAACAAACGCAUCAAUUAAUAUCAGAUUUAACAUUUUUAAUGCAUUUAUGCAAUGAUAUUGCUACCAAUUGUACUACCACUACUACUACUACUGAUAAUGAUAAUAGUAGUAAUAAUAAUAGUAAUGUAAUUGUUACAUCAAAGAUGUAUUCUAAUGAUAAAAUUUUAAUGAAAAACUGGAUUGAAAGGAUAAAUUUAUUACAAGAUCAAUUAAAUCCGAAUAUUGGACGAUUUUUAUGCUCACGUCCAUCUACAUGGAAUCAAUGUUUAUAUUUAGCCCGUGAUAAAUUUCAACAUUACUUUAAUCAUAAAGCUCGUCAAUUGUUACAUUCUUUCCCCAUCGAUACAAAAUUAUCAAAUGGAACACCAUUUUGGCAAUUUCCUAAACGUCCACCUAAAUCGAUUGAAUUUUCCAUAACAGAUCCAUUACAUCAAAUAUUCGUCAUCAGUUAUGCACGUCUUUUAGCUGCUCAAUUGUCGAUCCAAGUACCACAAUCCUGUUUCUCCUCUUCAACUUCUUCAUCGGAUUCCUUCACUCGCUUAAAUUAUGGAUCCACUGAACUAGUUAAUUAUCUUCAUGAAAUAUUUAUAAACUAUAUUCCACCAAUGUUUACUCCGUCUAAUAAACACAUUGUAAUUGAUGAGAAUGAAAUGAAGCCUCAGCAAACGACCACAUCUACUUCACCAUCAAAAUUGUCAUUGCCUAAAGAUAAUGAUCCUACUAUUACAUCAAUGAAAAAAAUUAUUUUCAAUAAUCCUUCUCUCAAUGAUGAUGAUAAUGGUUUGACAAUAAAAGAAAUUUGUCUAAAUGAAUCAUUUUUAAAAAUGUGUACAAAUAUUUUGGAGAGUUUAAGUAAACCAGAGAAAUUUAAAGUGAUUUCUUCAUGUCAAUCAGUAACGUUUGAGAAAGAUGACGAUAAUUUGGCACAUGUUGAUUUUGUCAUGUCAGCUGCAAAUUUACGUGCUACAAUGUACAGUCUACCGAUUACAGCUCGCCAUGUUGUUAAACGUAUCGCUGGACGAAUAGUACCAGCUAUAGCAACAACAACUGCUACUGUCGCAGGUUUAGUCUGCUUAGAAUUACUUAAAUAUGUAAUUAACAAUAAUCAAUAUGAUGAUGAUCAUGUUGGUUCGUUUACAUCUGAAAAGGAAAUAAAUACAUUGGCGGCGACUACGACAACACUAAAUAAUUGUGAACACGUUUAUGAACCAGGACUGUGUCGACAAACACGUUUACCAAAUGGAAAAUAUUUCAGUCUAUGGGAUCGUUGGAUUAUUCGACCAUGUAAACAAGUUGAUAAAUAUCGAUUAACCGAUUUUAUUGAUCAGAUCAAGAAUGAAUGGAAUCUUGUGGUGAGUUUAAUUACUCAAGGCAAUCGAAUGGUGUAUAUGCGUCAUUUUCCAAUGCAUAAAUCACGUUUAAAUGAAAUUUUUAUCAAUCUUUUGCAUUAUUCACCGAUGGAUGGUCAUAUUGAUUUGAUGGUCGCUUAUGAAUCUGAUCAUAUCAAGCCUAAUAAUGAUCAUUCUCAUGAUAACAAUGAUGAUGAUAAUUGUAUUCAAGGUCCUACAAUACGUUUUGAAUUCUAA